AUGUCAAGAAUGAUCGUCAGUGGCCCAGGCCCAGGCCCAACGCGGAACGCGGGGGUGUGCGCCGAUGGGCGUCUGCGCAGGGGUCCUCCUCCUCCUCCGAACGUCAUGCUCCAGGUCCAGAAGGUCUCCUUCGCCAGUCCACCAGUACCCUGGCCGGUCGCCAGCAGAAGCAGCGCGGGCUCGUUACACCCCCGGAGCCUUACAAUUCCAUUGCCAUCGGUGGCGCUUGGUUUCCGGACGGCCUGCAUUGCGAAGCGCGGCGCCUUCAGUAGAACGUGCCUCAACGCGGGCUGCAUUCCCUCAAAAGUGAUACUCAACGUUCCCGAGGUCGACCUCUUUCUUUCUUUCAUGCUCAUGCGAGCGGUCACUGGCUUAGUGAAGGGUACCAAGACCCUUUCCAAGCAAAACAAGGUCGACUACAUCAAGGGUGCCGGCUCGUUCGUCUCCACCACGAAGAUCGCCGCCACGCUCAACGAGGGGGCGAGGGCAAGAACAUCAUCAUUGCCACUAAUUCCAAGGUCGCACCUUCCCCCGGCAGCGUCAUCACCAUCGACGAGAAGCAGAUUGUCUCUUUUGCUGGCGUGCUCUCCUCAAGGACGUCCCCAGGAAGACAGUCGUCAUUGGCGGUGGUAUCAUUGGUCUGGGGAGCGUCUGGGUGCGCAGAUCACUGGUGUCGAGUUCCUUGGUGGUAUCAACGUGCACAUCCUCCCCUCCUUCGCAGCGGACGUCGUCCUUGUCUCCGUCGGUCGCCGCCCGUACACCGAAGGACCUAAUCUCGACGCCCACGGUGUCGAAGUCGACAGGAAGGGUCGCGUCGUGAUCGAUGGCCAGCUCAGCACCUCCGUCGAGAGCAUCCGCUGCAUUGGUGACGUCACCUUUGGGCCCAUGCUCGUGCGCGAGGUCGGGGAGGGCAUCGCCGCCGUCGAGCACAUCCCCAAGGGCCACGGGCACGCCAAUUACGACGCGGUCGUGUGGGUGGGCAAGACCGAGAAGGAGCUCAAGGCGGACGGUGUCAAGUACUACAAGUUCAUCACCAAGGCGGGGACGGGCUGGAUUCUGGAUGUUCGUGUCAUUGGCCCCAACGCGGGCGAGAUGAUUGUGGAGGGCGUGCUCACGCCCCAGUACGGUGCGAAUGCGGACGACGUCGCGCGGACGACGCACGCUCACCCCAUGUCCUCGGCGGCCUUCAUGAGACGGCGAUGGCGGCAUACGACAGGCGCCCACUUCUGA